CUAUUUCACAGAUUUGAAUCUGUGAAGAACCAAGAGGAAGGAGACGAAGACGACAACGAAAAAGGAGAGGAAGAAAAAAUCGAACACAAUGGAGGAAUAUCCAGAAGAAAUGAGAAGUCCACCGGUGAGCCUAGUAUCAGUGGUGGGCUGCUCCGAACUCCACACCUCCAUCUCCACCUACCUCCACUCUCUCGACCCACCGAUAAACACCCUGGCCUUGCCUGAUCUCUCCAAGGCCUCCCUCCUCUUGACCCCCAAGCCCACCACCACUCCCACCUCCGAUUCGACCGCUCCUCCACCCGCCGGAAUAUUAAAGCGAGAAUGGCUCCUCAAGCACCGCACCAAAGUCCCCUCCGUCGUCGCCGCCCUCUUCUCCUCCGAUCGGGUUUCCGGAGACCCCGCCCAGUGGCUUCAACUCUGCUCCGACCUCGAUAAUCUCAAAGCCCUCCUACGCGGCAGAAACAUCAAGCUGGUCGUCGUCGUCGUCUGCUCCAAUCCCAACGAUGAAAUCUCCGAAGAUCAAAUGGUUGCUGUGCGGAAGCGUGCGGAUGUGGAUGCCAAGUACCUUCUCACGUUUUACCAAAACCCAGAUGGGGACGGCAAUGGUUCUCAGCUUAAAGAGUCUCUGUACAGAUUGGGAAGCGUGUUUGUAGAGCUGGGCAGCAGGUAUUAUAGAGAUGAAGGAAGAAGGAUCAAAGCUCGUAUUGAGAGGAAGUCUUCUAAUCCUCCUGAACUCAACAUCCGCUAUUCCUUCAAAGUUGCUGUGUAUGCUGAGUUCAGAAGAGACUGGGCUGAAGCUUUAAGGUUUUAUGAGGAUGCUUAUCACACCCUACGUGAGUUGAUUGCUGGGACAUCAAAUCGGGUGGCGAUUCAACGCUUGGUUGAGAUAAAAACUGUUGCGGAGCAAUUGCAUUUCAAAAUCUCAACCUUGUUAUUGCAUGGUGGAAAGAUUAUAGAAGCAGUUGCAUGGUUCCGCCAGCACAAUGCUUCAUACAGAAAGCUGGUAGGAGCACCAGAAGCUAUAUUCCUUCACUGGGAGUGGAUGAGUAGACAGUUCUUGGUGUUUGCCGAGUUGGUGGAGACAAGUUCAGCAGCCAUUCAAAGCAUUUCACCUCUACCUAUGGGCACUGCAGACAGACCUUUGACUGAGUGGGAAUUUCAGCCAGCGCAUUACUAUCAGUUAGCUGCUCACUACUUGAAGGAGAAGAGAUCUUCUUUGGAAUUUGCGGUUUCGAUGUCAGAGGGCGAGAUCGAUUGUAGUGCUGAAUCUGUAGUACCUUCAUCCUAUUUGGGUCAGUUUGCUCGAUUAAUUGAGCAAGGGGGUGCAUUUGUCAUGCAACCUCUUAAUGAUGAAGAGUAUAUGCGCUAUGCUAUUUCUGAAGGGAAAAGGUUCCAAGAUUCCUUUGAAAUUAUUGCUUUACUAAAAAAAUCAUGUGAAUCAUACAAUAAUCGCAAAGUCAGGAGAAUGGGCUCAUUUUGUGGGUUCCAGAUGGCCAGGGAAUAUUAUGCUUUAGGCGAUUUUAGCAAUGCAAAACAGUCUUUUGAUGAUAUUGCAAGUCUAUACAGACAAGAGGGUUGGGUCACUUUGUUGUGGGAGGUAUUGGGUUACCUGCGUGAAUGUUCAAGGAAACAGAGUAGAGUUAAGGAUUUUAUAGAGUACUCCUUUGAAAUGGCCGCGCUCCCUAUAUCAGCUGAUGCUAGUAUCCAGUCUUUCAGAUUUGAAGAAUCUGGUCCAGCUGGACCUGCGACUAUCCUACAAAGAGAAACAAUAAACAAAGAAGCUUUUGGGCUUGUUAGUGGAGAAUUGAGGUUGGCAUCAAUUGAAAACGGCAAUGAUCUGAAAGUAUGUGACGGGAAUCCACUUCACCUGGAAAUUGAUCUCGUCAGUCCUCUUAGAUUGGUACUUCUUGCUUCAGUUGCUUUUCAUGAACAAAUAAUCAAGCCUGGCUCAUCCACACUGGUUACGUUGUCACUUCUGUCACAAUUACCUCUGAAUUUCGAGAUUGAUCAGUUAGAAGUCCAGUUCAAUCAGUCUGAUUGUAACUUCAUCAUCAUGAAUGGCCAAAGGCCUCAUGUAGCUGCCAUGAUUGACGGUCAACCAGGUCGCCGAAUAGAGACUGCUCCUUCUUUGGCACUUUCUACAAAUAAAUGGCUGCGAUUGACGUAUAACAUCAAAUCUGAUAAAAGUGGAAAGCUCGAAUGCAUAUCUGUUAUUGCAAAAAUAGGACCCCACUUUACAAUCUGUUGCAGAGCUGAAAGUCCUGCUUCAAUGGAUGAGUUGCCUCUUUGGAAAUUUGAAGACCGUGUGGUUACCUAUCCAACCAAGGACCCUGCUCUGGCAUUCUCUGGUCAGAAGGCUACUCAGGUUGAAGAGCCAGACCCAGAAGUGGACCUUAAUUUAGGUGCUUCUGGCCCUGCACUGAUUGGAGAGAGCUUCAUAGUCCCUGUUACUGUCACGUCCAAGGGCCAUGAUGUUAACUCGGGUGAGUUGAAGAUCAAUCUGGUGGAUGUAAGGGGAGGUGGUUUGUUUAGCCCAAGGGACACGGAACUGUCCAUGGAUAGUCAUCAUGUUGAACUUCUUGGUAUUUCUGGACCAGACGGGGAAGAUGAAUCUCAACUAAACACUGAUGAAAUUAAGAAAAUUCAACAGUCUUUCGGUUUGGUUUCUGUUCCUUUUCUCAAAAGUGGAGACUCGUGGUCUUGUAAAUUGGAAAUCAAGUGGCACAGACCCAAACCAAUUAUGCUUUAUGUAUCAUUGGGUUAUUCUCCAGAUACUAAUGAAUCGAACACACAAAAGGUUAAUGUCCACAAGAGCUUGCAGAUUGAAGGAAAGAAUGCAAUCAUAAUUAGUCACCGUUUUAUGCUUCCAUUCCGGCGGUACCCAUUGUUGCUUUCUAGGACAAGGCCAGUUCCUGAUACUGAUCGGUCAGCAUCAAUGCCAUCAAACGAAACAAGUGUACUUGUUGUUAGUGCUAAGAACUGUUCUGAUGUGCCGCUUCAGUUGCUAUCGUUAUCCCUUGAAGUAGAUGGUAAUGAUGGCACGGAAAGGUCAUGUUCUGUGCAACAUGGAGGUAAGGACCUAUUGGACGCUGCCCUUCUUGUUCCAGGAGAAGAGUUCAAGAAGGUUUACACUGUCACUUCUGAGAUGAAUUCUUCAAAGCUUAAGUUAGGUAAUGUGUGUCUUACAUGGAGAAGGGAUUCUGGGUCUGAAGUGCAAUCUGGUUCUAAAGCUUCAGUUUUAACUACACACAGACUUCCUGAUGUUAAUCUAGAGUUGUCACCUUUGGUGGUGAGUUUGGAGUGCCCUCCUUAUGCAAUCCUUGGAGAUCCUUUCACAUAUUUUGUUAGAAUUCAGAACCAGACAGAAUUGCUUCAGGAAGCCAAAAUUUCAUUGGCAGAUGCACAGAGUUUUGUAUUAGCUGGGUCUCACAAUGAUGCCAUUUUUAUUCUUCCAAAGUCUGAGCACAUCAUCAGAUACAAGCUUGUGCCACUUGCCUCGGGUGCACAACAGCUACCAAGAUUUACGUUAACCUCAGUUAGAUAUUCAACUGGGUUUCAGCCGUCAGUUGCUUCAUCUACUAUUUUUGUGUUUCCCUCUAAGCCUCAUUUCAAGAUGGUUGCUGUGGGAGAUGAUAGGUUGGAAUCAUUGGUGGCUGAAUGACUCCUGCCUCUGUUGAAUAAAUUUUGUGAAGAAGAUGCAAAGUGGAUGUUAUGACAGGCUUGCUAGAUGCAUGUUGUUGGAUAGGUGCACCCUGUAUUUGACUACCACUGAGCAACGACACGGGAGAUGUACUGAUAAAUAUCAAGCUCGGGGAUCAUUGGCCUUGCCACAGUUAGUCAGUAUAUGGUCUUGCAUCUCUUGGAAAUGUGGUUUAUCAAUAGGAGAUGGGUUGACCCCGGCCCUUGCAUAUCCUAAUAAGGCAAAAGCAUGAUGACGAUGGGGUGAAUUACUAUGAAAAAAAAACUUAUGGGCGUGGUAGUCCUCCUAAGUCUGGAUAUGAAGGAUAUGUAACUGGUUAAACAGAUAACCGAGAAAAUUACUACUUUAUCGAAGCACUGGUAACCCCUUUUCAUUACAAGUGGUGUGGGACUUGACUGGGAGUACCUUGUGAAAAUUUGUUGUGAUGAUAGAUACCAUAUAGCUGUGGUCAGAUUGUAUUGGUGGUACUACUUUCAGUGAUGGCUAGAGCGGCUUCUGUGGCGCCCGCGGCAGGGUGAGGUGAGAAAACUAAAGGUGGUGGGAAUAUUGUUAUUUUCCGUGGAGUUUCCGGACGUAGCAGCAGCAACUUUCAUGAUGACUUUCAUUCGUCCCCAGAAUAGAGGUUCUACAUGAAUCCAGUAACUAUGAAUUUCUUGUGAAGGUGCAAUGUUUUUGGUAACAUACUAUCAGAGUAGGGAUCUUUUUUUCGUAUAAAAAAUUCAAAUUGUUGUACUUUGUAGGAUAAAUAUUUGAUAUGGUGAUUAUUAUUUGUUUAAAGUCAUUUUGCGAAGACCAGAGUGAAAA